CGGAGCUGCGAGACGGAGCAAGUUGGUGACAAGAGCGGAGCGGCCGGAGCGGGAGAGACAGAGAGAGGUGGAGAGCCAUGUGAAUAGUCAACGUGCAUCGUGACAACAAGCCCCUCCACCAAUGAACGUGAGAAGAGGUUGUGCCAAGAUGUCGACCUGUGUGCUUUCUGUGACCCUGCUCCUCAUCUCCCUGGCACCUUCCUCACGGAGCAGUGACGAUUUCAUCAACUUUGGCAUCAAGGACCGUGACUGGACGUUCAACCACCUGGCGGUCCACAGUGUAACUGGGAAUGUUUAUGUAGGAGCGAUCAAUCGCGUUUACAAACUCUCCAGCAACCUCACCCUGCUGUUGUCUCACAAAACUGGCCCAGAGGAGGACAACAAGCUGUGCUACCCGCCGCUGAUUGUCCAACCUUGUAACGAGCCCCUCACCCUGACCAACAAUGUCAACAAACUGCUGCUCAUCGAUUACUCCGACAACAGGCUGCUGGUGUGCGGGAGCCUCUUUCAGGGAGUCUGCAGACUCCUGCGAUUGGAUGACCUCUUCAUUCUAGUUGAACCUUCCCAUAAGAAGGAACAUUACCUCUCCAGUGUUAACGAGACUGGGACCAUGUACGGAGUCAUUGUCUCAUCAGAGGGCUCAGACAGCAAGCUCUUCAUCGGUACAGCUGUGGAUGGUAAACAAGACUACUUCCCCACAAUCUCCAGUCGCAAGUUGCCCCAGGACCCAGAGUCUUCGGCUAUGUUUGAUUACGUCUUGCACAGCGACUUUGUGGCAUCGCUGAUUAAGAUCCCGUCAGAUACCCUGGCACUUGUGUCACACUUUGACAUCUUCUACAUCUACGGAUUCAGCAAUGGAAACUUUGUUUAUUUCCUAACGGUGCAGCCCGAAACGGAAGGAGUUACAGGUUCAUCGAGUGACCAGUUCUACACCUCCAGGAUAGUGCGGCUGUGCAAGGAAGAUGCAAAGUUCCAUUCCUACGUCUCUCUUCCCGUGGGUUGUGUGAAGGAUGGGAUUGAAUACCGACUGUUGCAGGCCGCAUACUUAGCCAAACCCGGGACGGUCCUGGCCAAAUCCCUCAACAUCUCCACCAAUGAUGAUGUCCUCUUCACCAUAUUCUCCAAGGGCCAGAAGCAGUAUCACAACCCACCAGCUGAGUCUGCGCUAUGUAUGUUUGUGGUGAAGUUCAUCAACAGACAGAUAAAGGAGAGGCUUCAGUCGUGUUACCGUGGUGAGGGGAGCCUGGAACUGAACUGGUUACUGGGCAAAGAUGUCUACUGUACACAUGCACCGGUUCCAAUUGACGAUGAUUUUUGUGGGUUGGAUAUAAACCAGCCUCUGGGAGGCUCCGCAUUGGUGGAAGGCUUCACCAUCUUCACUGAGGACAAGGACCGCAUGACGUCGGUGGCAUCGUACGUCUACAACGAUCACUCCGUGGCUUUCGUCGGCACGAAGAGCGGGAAACUUAAAAAGGUGCGUGUGGACGGCCCGGACCAGGGAUGGCGGCCGUACGAGACAGUGCCGGUGAUGGAUGACUCCGUGCUGAGGGACAUGGGCUUCUCCACCGAUCAUCGCUACCUGUACCUCAUGUCCCAGCGCCAGUUGGUCAGAGUGCCGGUGGAGUCGUGUGGACAGUAUGUAACGUGUGGCCAGUGCCUGAGCUCGGGAGAUCCGCACUGCGGCUGGUGCGUGCUCCACAACACGUGCACCAGACAGGACAAGUGUGAACGGUCUGUGGAGCCCCAUCGCUUUGCCUCCGCCCUGCAGCAGUGUGUGAAGCUGAGUGUACGGCCACACAGCAUCUCUGUGUCAGAGCACAGUAUCCCGCUCACCCUGAAGGUCAGUGAUGUCCCAGACCUGUCGGCCGGAGUGGUCUGUGCCUUCGGUGGGUUAACGGAGGUGGACGGUCAGUCUGUGGGUGAUGCUAUCGUGUGUGUGAGUCCAGCGGCUAAAGACGUGCCCACUGUCCUCAACAACCAAGAUUGGGUGGGAGUCAACCUGCAACUGAAGUCCAAAGAGACAGGCCAGAUGAUUGCCAGCACCGACUUCAAGUUCUUCAACUGCAGUGUCCACCAGCUGUGCCUGUCGUGCGUGACAAGUGCUUUCCGCUGUCACUGGUGUAAAUAUCGCAACCUGUGCACUCACGACCCCAGCAUCUGCUCCUUCCAGGAGGGGAGGGUCAACGCCUCGGAGGAUUGCCCACAGCUGGUCCCCUCCAGCGAGAUCCUCAUCCCCGUGGGAGAAGUGAAGCCAAUCACACUGAGAGCCCGGAACCUUCCACAGCCACAGUCCGGGCAGCGCGGCUACGAGUGUAUUCUGGUCGUGCAGGGACAGAAGCAACGAGUGCCAGCUCUGAGAUUCAACAGCUCCAGUGUCCAGUGUCAGAACAGCUCGUACCACUAUGAUGGCGGUGACCUCAGUGACCUGCUGAUCCGUUUCUCCGUGGUGUGGAAUGGGAACUUUAUCAUUGACAACCCGACCAACAUCACAGUUCACUUGUACAAAUGCGACGCGCUGCGGGAGAGCUGCGGCCUCUGCCUCAAGGCCAACCAGAAGUUUGACUGUGGCUGGUGCCAGUCUGAGCAGCGAUGCAGCCUGAAGCAACACUGCCACACACGUGCAUCCCAGUGGCUCAACCUGUCCGGCAGCAACGUCAAGUGUACCAACCCUCGCAUCACACAGGUGAGCCCAGACUCGGGGCCGUGGGAAGGAGGAACACUGGUGACUAUCCGCGGAGUUAACCUGGGCCUGGACUUCCUGGACAUUGCCAACAGUGUCCGAGUGGCCGGAGUCCAGUGCAUCCCAUUACUGGACGGUUACAUCAUCGCUGAACAGAUUGUGUGUGAGAUGGGAGAAGCCAGAUUGGUCAAGGAAUCUGGCCCCGUCCAUCUGUGUGUAGGCGAGUGUAAGCCUGACUUCAUGACCGAGUCUUCACAGCUGUACACCUUCGUGAAGCCGUCUCUCCAAGGCCUGGCACCCCAUCGAGGCCCCGAGUCUGGGGGAACCAUGGUGACCAUCACUGGACAACACCUCGGUGCCGGCAGCAAUGUCAACAUUAUGUUCGGCAACCAGACCUGCCAGUUCCACAGGCGCUCCGUGUCUGAGAUUGUGUGCGUGUCCAUGCCGUCUGUACACGGUCCCGGCGUGGUACGUGUUUCUGUCAGCGUGGACCGCGCGCUGCUGGAGCAGAGCAUGAACUUCGAGUUCAUCGAUGACCCGACCGUGUUGUGGAUCGAACCGGAGUGGAGCAUCGCCAGCGGCAACACUUCCUUGCUCAUCUUUGGAACCAACUUGGAUGUGAUCCAGAAUCCCAAGAUCCGUGUGAAGUUCCACAGCCAGGAAUCCAUCAACGUGUGUGAGGUGGUGAAUGCGACCACCAUGACUUGCCGUGCGCCCGCUCUGAGCCGCGAGUUCCAGCACGGCCACGAGGUGGCAGAACGACCCGACGAGUUUGGCUUUGUCUUCGACAACGUGCAGGCGCUGCUGGUCUACAACAACACCAACUUCAUCUUCUACCCCAACCCCAGCUUCGAGGCUCUCAGUGCCAGCGGCAUGCUCCAACAGAAGCCCGGCACGCCCAUUAUACUGAAAGGCCGGAACCUACUUCCGCCAGCACCGGGGGGGCCGAAGCUGAACUACACGGUGCUGAUCGGCGACACGCCCUGCUCCGUCACCGUGUCCGAGACACAGCUACUGUGCGAGCCGCCAAACCUGAGUGGACAGCUCCGCGUCCUGGUGUUGGUGGGGGGGCUACAGUUCUCUCCCGGCACGGUCUACAUCUUGUCCGACAGCCUACUGACGCUGCCGGCCACGGUCAGCAUUGUGGCCGGAGGCACCCUGCUCCUGGUCAUCGUGGUCAUUGUGGUCAUCGCCUACAAGCGCAAGUCCCGGGAGAACGACCUGACCUUGAAGCGAUUGCAGAUGCAGAUGGACAACCUGGAGUCACGAGUGGCCCUGGAGUGCAAGGAGGCGUUUGCGGAGCUUCAGACGGACAUCAACGAGUUGACCAGUGACAUGGACCGAGCGGGGAUUCCCUACCUGGACUACCGGACAUACUCCAUGAGGGUUUUGUUCCCAGGGAUAGAGGAACAUCCGGUUCUGCGGGAGCUGGAGGUCCCUGGCAAUGGGCAGCAGAACGUGGAGAAAGCCCUCAAACUCUUUGGGCAACUCAUCAACAACAAGACCUUCCUGUUGACGUUCAUUCGGACUCUGGAGCUGCAGCGUAGUUUCUCGAUGAGGGACCGGGGGAAUGUAGCGUCGCUGAUCAUGACCGCUCUUCAGGGGAAGCUGGAGUACGCCACAGAUGUGCUCAAACAUCUGCUCAGCGACCUCAUCGAGAAGAACCUGGAGAGCAAGAAUCAUCCAAAGCUGUUGCUGCGCAGGACCGAGUCUGUGGCUGAGAAAAUGUUGACCAACUGGUUUGCUUUCCUUCUGCACAAGUUCCUCAAGGAGUGUGCAGGUGAACCACUCUUCAUGCUAUACUGUGCCAUCAAGCAGCAGAUGGAGAAAGGGCCCAUUGACUCCAUCACAGGUGAAGCUCGCUACUCGCUGAGUGAAGACAAGUUAAUCCGACAGCAGACGGAAUACAAGACGCUGAUCCUGAACUGUGUGAAUCCAGAGAAUGAGAACAGUCCUGAGAUUCCCGUGAAGGUUCUCAACUGUGACACCAUCACCCAGGUUAAGGAGAAGAUCCUGGACUCCAGCUACAAGAACGUGCCUUACUCACAGCGACCGCGGGCCGUAGACAUGGACCUAGAGUGGCGUCAGGGGAGAAUGGCUCGGGUGGUUCUCCAGGACGAGGACAUCACCACCAAGAUCGAGAGCGACUGGAAACGUCUCAACACGUUGGUGCACUACCAGGUAUCUGACCGAUCGAUCGUAGCCCUGGUUCCCAAACAGACCUCAUCCUACAACGUGCCGACCACCAACGCCGUGUGCCGGGCAUCCAUCAGUCGUUACGACUCCACGCUGCGUUACACGGGCAGCCCCGACAGCCUGCGGUCACGUGCGCCCAUGAUCACGCCGGACCUUGAAAGCGGGGUGAAAGUUUGGCACUUGGUGAAGAACCACGAACAUGGAGACCAGAAGGAAGGCGAGCGCGGCAGCAAGAUGGUGUCUGAGAUCUACCUCACACGCCUGCUCGCCACCAAGGGUACACUACAGAAGUUUGUAGACGACCUGUUUGAGACGUUGUUCAGCACGGUUCACCGCGGAUCGGCGCUGCCUCUCGCCAUCAAGUACAUGUUCGACUUCCUGGACGAACAGGCCGACCGGCACGUCAUACAUGACACAGACGUGCGGCACACGUGGAAGAGCAACUGUCUCCCGCUGCGUUUCUGGGUGAACGUGAUCAAGAACCCGCAGUUUGUGUUCGACAUCCACAAGAGCAGCAUCACAGACGCCUGUCUGUCUGUCGUGGCCCAGACCUUCAUGGAUUCCUGCUCCACGUCUGACCACCGUCUGGGCAAAGACUCUCCGUCCAACAAGCUGCUGUACGCCAAGGACAUCCCCAACUACAAGAGCUGGGUGGAGAGGUACUACGCCGACAUUGCCAAGAUGCCGGCCAUCAGUGACCAGGACAUGAACGCCUACCUGGCAGAACAGUCCCGCCUACACGUCACCGAGUUCAACAUGCUCAGCGCACUCAACGAGAUCUACUCCUAUGUGUCCAAGUACAACCAGGAGAUAACGGCAGCCCUGGAUGAGGAUGAGCAGGCGAGACGGCAGCGACUGGGAUACAAGGUGGAGCAGCUGAUUGCCGCCAUGUCACUGGAGAGCUGAGAGAGGGCCGGCACGGCAGCUGCUCGCCAUCAGCGUGAGCGCUGGAGAGAGGGGACCAGUGGGAUAAUAUGCAGCACGAUGGACCUGUGGCCUCCGUGGCCGGUACGUGCCAGUGGACAGCUCGAUGCCUGAGUUUGAUCGGGGCAGGACGUUGGUUUUUGUUUAAGGCCGUGUGCAGAACGUUACCUUGAGCCGAGCUGCUGGUGGAUGUCUGUAACACUCCACACCUCUGGCCAACGGCAAUCUCUGCAGCCGAUGGUCACUCGGUCAUUGUUGGUUGCACCAGGGCGUUGCUGCGGGAGAACGCGGGAGGAACACAAAGACCCACCACAAUCUCCGUCCCAGAGUGGCCGCAACCUCCAGCCACCUGUGGCCUGAGCAACUGGACAAUCUGCUCUCUGCUGGUCCUCGGCCCAAGACGUUUCCCGUUGACGGAAGCUUGUUGUUUUGAUGGAGAACAUUGAUGCACUUCUGCGGACACGGACCUCUGUGCUCCAUGUUUCUGUUCAUGUUAUUACUGCGUUUAAUAAGAAGAUGGAACCUAUUAUUGCUGCUAUCAUUAGUGAACUGUGUGUGUGUGUGGUCAGUGUGUGAUGUGAGGUCAGUCCUGGACCUCGUGUCUACAACCUUCUUGAAUGUAUUUCUGUGGCACGGUGGGGAGUUAGUGCAGGAGAUCUCACAAUAGACAAUAAAUGCAGGAGUAGGCCAUUCGACCCUUCGAGCCAGCACCUUCCCAGAGUGGGUUAGCCUAGAUCCCAACCCUCCCUCCCUCCCCCUCACUCCAGGUGAGUGCCUCUCCCCCCCUGCAUUGGUUCCCAUCCCAUCACGCACCUUCCCCACCUGUCUUCUUCUUCUAGCGUAUGGCGUGCACAGCCUAAAGUUGACAGACAACUUUUGCUGCUUGAUCUUCUGUUUGUGCACGCCAGGUUGAUUGCAUUAGUUGAAACAAGGUGGAGCAGGUGAAGGUUGCAACCCCCCACUCCUCCCCACCUGUGACGACGUUGUCACCUGUACCUGACCAGGUGCAGUCAAACCCGCCAGGAAGGGACUCAUCCCACGCCCCCACACGCGUGUGAUCAGGGAGACGAGCUGCCCUGGCCACGUGUCCACACGCAUGUCACCGCUCGGCCCCUGGCAUGUAGUUGGUCACGGAGGGGAUGUCAACUGCCCGAUGACUCCAGCAUGGUGGUGCAGCAGGUAGAGCUGGUGCCUCACAGCACCGGAGACCCGGGUUUGAUCCUGACUACGGGUGCUGUCUGUACGGAGUUUGCAUGUUCUC